AGCAGGCUCGCACUUCGGCAGUGGUGCUGAGAGCCUCGAGGGCGCGGCGCCGUUACUCGCAGUCGGGCGGCGGCAGCGGCACAGCGCUGAGCGCACACCGCGCCUUAGCAGCAGCAGCAGCAGCAGCGGAGGCACCCCCGCCGUCACAGCCUCUGCGCUGGUGCAGCCACCCUCGCUCCCUCUGCUCUUCCUCCCUUCGCUCGCACCAUGGCUGAUCAGCUGACCGAAGAGCAGAUUGCUGAGUUCAAGGAAGCUUUCUCCCUAUUUGACAAAGAUGGCGAUGGUACCAUCACAACAAAGGAACUUGGAACCGUCAUGAGGUCACUGGGUCAGAACCCAACAGAAGCCGAAUUGCAGGAUAUGAUCAACGAGGUGGAUGCUGACGGUAAUGGCACCAUUGACUUCCCAGAAUUUUUGACUAUGAUGGCUAGAAAAAUGAAAGAUACAGACAGUGAAGAAGAAAUUCGCGAGGCAUUCCGAGUCUUUGACAAGGAUGGCAACGGUUACAUCAGUGCGGCAGAACUACGUCACGUCAUGACAAACUUAGGAGAAAAACUAACAGAUGAAGAAGUAGAUGAAAUGAUCAGAGAAGCAGAUAUCGAUGGAGACGGGCAAGUCAACUAUGAAGAAUUCGUACAGAUGAUGACUGCAAAGUGAAGACCUACUUUCAACUCCUUUUUUCCCCCCUCUAGAAGAAUCAAAUUGAAUCUUUUACUUACCUCUUGCAAAAAAAAAAAAAAAAAAAAAGUUCAUUUACUCAUUCUGUUUCUAUA